AAUGUUGGAGGCGGGUCCCAUAUUUGUGCUGCUCUGCAGGUACUGAACUGUAGCAAAGUAAAGAUGUCAUCCUGCUUGGAAAUUUUACUCCUGACUGUUUCUUUUUAGAUGUUAUUUCAUGUCCCAGAAGUUCAUGACUUCCUAGUGAAUGAUAAAGAGCACAGGAAUGGGUGCCGCUCACUCCUUUGCUGCAGCUGUGCCCUCUUCAGACAGCUCACGGAUGUGCUUGCAAACAGGUGCACCGUUCCUACAUUUUUUUUGGAUUGGUGGAAAAGAAUGUGUAUCAAGAUGCCUCGCGAAAAACAGAGAAGUUCACAUGAAUUCCUAUUCAGGCUGAUAACCACAUUAAGAUUGGAGCACUCUAAGCGGAUGGGACUGGGACUGAACUCUAACAUGUCUUUGUGGGAGACGGUGAGCUCCAAGUUAUUUGGUGGGAAGCAGCUUGUUCGUGUGCGGUGCAAUCAGUGCAAUCCAGCAGACCUGAACCAAGAGUUUCUGUCGGUUGAAAUUCAAUUGCAAGGGCAAAACCUUUCUGGCGAAAUAGAACAGAAACUGUAUGAAUCUAAAGAAGAGUUUUGCCCUUUAUGUGAUGCUGUCACAUUUCGUUGGAAACCACUAUCAAUUAAAAUGCCCCACUACCUAAUUGUACAUGUAUCAAAUUGCAGUCUGAAUGCGGCACAAGCACAAUAUGUAACUGUGUGUGGAGAGGAUUUUGUUUUAAAAUCUUGUAUCACUCAAACAGAAACCUCCUCACAAGCUCUUUUUACGAGCAUAUCUUUAUAUGGUGUCAACAAGCAGUUUGAGGAUGCACAGGUAAAGAAAGUUAGUCAAGCUACAUUUGCAAGAAAAGGCAUUCCUGACAAUUCAACAAUGACUUUCCUGUUCAUCACAACAUCUUCUAGUAGUACACUGCUUACCUCAUCUAUUGAAACUCACCUGGAGCAUGACAGGUUGGAUACUGAAGAAGUAACCCUCAACCCAUCCUCCCCAGAAAGACAGGUAACAGUGCCUUCCAGAACAACUGAUCCUGAAUCGCUCAUGGCAAGAAUUUCUCUUGGGAAAAACAAGGGCACUCAAACAGCACUGAAGGUCUCAUCAUGUGAUGCUGAAACGCAGACCAACCUCUUUGACUACGACAGAUUUAAAUUGGAAGAAAGUGAUUUCAAAUCUUGGACUGGCAUGAGCGUGGAGGAUUUUGAAGCUUUUUACAACCUGCUUGGAGGUGAAGAUGUUGUUUUGAAAUUAAAACAGAAAUAUAGAUUGUCAACUCCUAUGAAAAUCAACACAACAACAAGAAUAUCAGGGGAAGAUCGACUGUUGCUCUUCUUUCUCCGAUUUAGACAAGGACUGACUUUGAUGCAACUGUCUUUCCUUUACAAAUUGAGUGAGUCGUACAUUAGUGAUCUCUUUUAUGUGAUGACAUGCCAUGUAUAUGAGACUAUGAAAGCGCUUAGCGAACACAUGUUCAUCAGUGCAUCGAAGCAGCUCAAGAACAAACCACUUGUUAUGAAGCCAUUCAAGAAUUUGAGAGUGAUUCUGGAUGGGGUGUCAAUCGGUCUCGAAACUCCCUCUAAUUUUGAGCAGCAGGGUAAUACCUGGUCAACCUACAAGCAUAAGAAUGUAGCUUUGUUCAUUGUGGGAAUCUCCUGCCAUGGAGCCACUAUCUUCUGUUCUGAGGGAAUGGAAGGCAGCAUGUCAGAUAAGGUGGCUACACUCAAGUCCAACCUACAAGACUUGCUUGAUGAAGGUGAUUGCAUUAUGGUGGACAAAGGAUUUGAGCUCCAAUCUGACAUGGCAAAAAUUGGUUGCAAAAUUCUUAGACCACCCUUUAAAGAGCGAGGUCGCUUUUUCACCAAGGAGGAAUUGGACUUGACUCAAGCCAUCGCUGCUGCCAGGAUAUAUGUGGAGCAUGCUAUGGCUGACAUCAAAGACAACAGGAUCUUCAGAGGAGACAUACCCCUGACUCUUAUACCAAUACUUUCAAAGCUUGUAUUUUCUGCGGCAUUCAUGAGAAAUUUCUCCCCAACAAGAAUCUGUAAUGUGUCGUUCAGGCCUGAAGUGACCAAGGAACAGCCAGUGGAAGUUCAAGAAUCAUCGGAACAGGUUGAUGACCCUCAUGCCUUGUUUUGAAAUGAUUUUGUUCUGUUUGUUCUCUAGUCAGUGUUUGUAAAUUUCAUUUAAGUGCAUUUAGAUGUGUAGGCUGAGUUUCAGAAACCCUGUUAAAAAAUUUGUCUAUUACUUCAGAAAGUAUUAUUUAUUAUGUGUCAUUGUAAAGAGAAUAAUGUUGUCAUGAAUUUGUUUGAAAAAGCAGUCAGUAAGCAGUCGAAUAAUCCAAUCAUGUUCUAAUUUCUGUAUUCGGAAUCUUCUGAACUACUUCUGGAAGGGAUACUACUUCUGCAAGGUUUAGCAUGCAAAGCAACAAAGAACAAAUGUAAUUUGAUUUCUUUAUUCCCUCAAAUAAAUAACAACUUUUACAAAGUCACAUGUAUAACAGGCUGGAACUUAAAUGGUUAGUUGCAAUUACACGGCAAAUGAAAAACACUACUGUGUUAGUAAUAAAUUUUUACCACCAGGCAAACUGAAUUUAGUUUUUUUCCACCACCUUCACACUUGUGCCCCACCACC